CGCUCACAGCACACAUAUUUCUCUGAUGACAGUAUUUCUGUGGAGGAUUUACCAUAGGGUUUGUCGGACUAAACAAUUCAGAAAACACAAUCAUUGGUACAACACACUGGACCUCUAAGAACAAAACCUCCUCCUUAAAAAGCAUGACAGAGGUGAUGCGCUCCUGCGACUCUGCCAUGGAGGACUUCAGUGCAGCUCCUGGGAACCAGAGCAUCUCCUUCCAGCCCCCAGUUGACUCCCCCUCUCGAGUUCAGGUGUUUCCUGAUUCCCACGAGAGGUACCACAAGCUGUCCGAGCGACUGCCUUCCAUUGUGGUAGAGCCUACUCAGGGAGGGGACGUGGAGAGCGGGGAGCUCUGCUGGCCCCCUGAUGACCUGAGUUCCACCCACUUCGACCCGCCGGCCCUUCUGCAGCCCCCUGCCACAGGGGGGGAACUUUUUCCCACCGCCCCGGAAAUGGACAGGCCACUGGGCGAGGACUCUGACUGAGGGUCAGGCAUGGUGACACCCCAGCAUUCACUGUGAAUACUUAUGCAGGAGCAUGAGUGCAAACAAGGGCUCAUGGCCAGGGUCCUAAUAGGGUAUCUAAGGCCUUGCUUUCGUACGCCUGGGACCCCUUUUGGCAGACCCCCUGUUAUGUUUUGGCAGGGUAUGGUAGUGUAAAAAUGGCCUCGGCAGCUCAUGCAUGCCAAAUUCUACUGUACUCGUAUCUACUCUAUUUAUAAUAGCUUUUUUAGUGCAGACCUACAUCUGUGUAAUCAGCAUAGCUCUUUUUUAGACUUUUUUGUAAACCUGUUCUUGGAGAUUGUAUACUGAACUAGAUCCCUAGGAUCUUGUAGGCACAUUUUGAAAUAUGACAUAUAUAAUUUAUGUAUUUAAUGUAUAAAUAUGUACUCGCUUAAAUAUUCAGUUGUCCCUUUAUAUUAUUCCUUGAUAUACGUAAGUUACGUAAAAAUACUUAAGUUGCAUACGGUGUUAAUUAUAAUUUCCAGAGUAUCAUGGUAGGUCCAAGAAUAGAAAUCUUAAUCCUGCAGUAAAGGAGAGCCAUUAUUGUUUCCCAGCAUGCUUUGCAGUCUGCCACAUAAGAUGCCAAUAACUCUUAGCUCUCUCAGCUUUCUUCAGCACAACUGUAUAGAUUUUUGUCCAGUAACACUCUAAUAAAAUGAUUUUCUUCCCUUGAAACUUUCAUCAUAUUAUAUGAUAAGUUGCACUCACAUGAUAUAUAUAUUUCUUAAUAGUGUUUUUGUGGCU